GCCAGGCUCAGCAAGAAGGCCAGAGUGAAGUGGCCGACUGGUGGCCAUACGGUACCAGACAUCGUCUGGUGUGGCUAUGGCAACGCCUAGAGUGGCAGUUACAUGCCAUCGUUGAUGGCUUACAACUGGGACAACCCCAAGUUGCCCCGCUACAUCGAGGUCGUGCUGGGCCUGAUGUUGAGCGACGUGACCAAGAAGUGCAGACCUGCGCGUAGUGCUUGGGCUGAUAAGCGCAGUGCUGAAGUGGACGACCACGACCACAAGCACCAAGUGCUGGUUGUGCAGUUUGGAAUGUCUUGGUACAGCCAUAGCACUAGUGUCCUCUGUAAUAGUAGGUGAAUGGAUAUGUCUGCCGCGCCGUAGAUAUGCCAUGCUCGAUAUUUCAGAGCAU